AUGGACGAGUAUGAUGAGAUGUAUGGGAUAGAGGACGACUACGAGCAACAGUUCGCCGAUGAGCUGGAAGUGUUGGCCGAGAUGGACGAGAUGGACCACUGCCCACCAUUCAAGCGGUCAGGGCUUCAGAAGCAGAGUCAACUUGCCGAGAGUUCUCAGCCUCCGAAACAGCAAAUUGAUGACAUCGAGCAUCUGCUGAAUGACGGGCUCAUUGCUCCCAAUGCAAAGCGGCAGAAGCAUGACGCAGGUGUGGUCAAGAGGCUUUUUGAAUCUCGGCAGACUGUUGACAUCACACCCCCAUCUUCCCCUGAGCAGUAUGAGCCCUCCAACACGAUCAGGUCUACUCCAGCAUUGUUGGACUUAAGUGGGUUUGGCACACUUUUAGAGUCCCCCGUGCGACCUGUCAGAGCAGUAACGUCACAGUGUGUGCUCAGGCGCCCCCCUCUGGAGGGAGAAUUCAUCUCGGUGACAGACUCAUCCGGAAACCGGGUUUACCUUCGGCAAAAAGAAGACACAAGGGAAAAGAUAGUAGAUCCCAGAACAGUGCGUAACGAGCAAGGUGCACUGGGGCUGCUGGCGACACCAUUUGAGGUGCUGAGAGAACAAGUGGCAGAGAGGCGUUAUCAGCAAGUUCUGGAGAAAUCUCGGCACCUAACAGACCUGUUAGCUAGCAGUCUAAAUGAGGAGUUUGGUGAGCUGAAUAGCAGAGAUGGAGAACCGGGAGAAGAUAACGAUGAAGAGGAGGGUCAGAGCUCUCAACUCUGGGUUGACAGAUUCUCUCCUAAGCAUUACACGGAGCUCCUCAGUGAUGAAUUUACAAACCGCUGUUUGCUGAAGUGGUUGAAGCUCUGGGACACUGUGGUGUUUGGAAGAGAGAGAAAGAAGUCCCGCCCUCUCGAGCAUGACAGACAAGCCACCAAUCAGAAUGCAAAUCGCUUUAAGUCCAAGAGUCAAAUCACUGAGGAGGUCCUGGAGGCUGAACUGGAUCAGGAUAAUCGUCCUAAAUUCAAGGUGGCAUUGCUGUCGGGUCCUCCGGGGUUAGGCAAGACCACCCUGGCCCAUGUCAUAGCAAAGCAUGCUGGAUACAAUGUGGUGGAAAUCAAUGCCAGCGACGACCGCAGUGCUGAGGUGUUCCAAAAGCGUCUCGACACGGCGACUCAGAUGAAGUCGGUGUUGGGUGCCAAUCAAAGGCCUAACUGCCUCAUAAUUGACGAGAUUGAUGGAGCACCAGCAGCUGCAAUCAAUAUUCUGUUGGCUACUCUAAACAGAAAAGAUGGACAGAGUGGGGAGGCAGGAACAGAAACUGCCAAGAAGAAAAAAAAGAAGGAAUCUGUCCUGCUUCGGCCCAUAAUCUGCAUCUGUAAUGACCUUUAUGUUCCAGCUCUCAGACCGCUGAGACAGCAAGCAUUUAUGCUGACUUUUCCCCAGACUCAACCUUCCCGCCUGGCACAGAGACUUACAGAGAUCUCGCGUCAGCAGGGGAUGAAGGCAGACACAGGCACUUUGAUGGCUCUAUGUGAGAAGACUGACAAUGACAUCAGGUCCUGUAUCAACACACUACAGUUCCUUCAUGGUCGAGGCAAGAGACAAGUGGAUACCAAGACAGUCCAGAGUGUGUCUGUGGGGCAGAAGGACCAAAACAAAGGCUUAUUCCAUUUAUGGCAGGAGGUCUUCCAACUACCCCGUAUGAAACGGAAGCGUGUGGGAGACGGGUUUGAGGAGGGACUGGGGGAAGGAGGUAGCGCUCAGAGGUUUCAUGGCGUUCUACAAUUGGCCAUGUCCAGCGGAGAGUAUGAGAAGGUUGCACAGGGUCUGUAUGAUAAUUAUUUGUCCAUGCGGUUGAGGGACCCCAGUCUGCACAAUGUGUGUGAGGCCCUGGAUUGGCUGUCCUUUUCAGACCGGUUGAAUCAAGUCAUGUUGAAAGGGCAGCACUUUUCCCUUCUGAGAUACCUCCCCUUCCUGUCUGUCACAUUCCACUUCCUCUUUGCUCACACACAGGUUCCUCGCAUCAACUAUCCCCAGAGCCAGCAUGAGGCUUUAUCACGCUUACACAACAGCAAGAAUGCUCUGUCCACCAUGCUGGGUGACAUCCCAGCAUGCAUCAGGAGUAGGAUCAGUGAGCUCAGCCUAACCAUCGAUAUUCUCACAUUGCUGCUUGACAUCCUCUGCCCAAAACUGCGACCUGUGAAUCCCCAGCUUUUCAGCAGCAGGGAGAAGCAGCAGAUGUCUGAGCUGAUUGACACGAUGCUGGCCUACAAUCUUUCAUACAGACAGGACCGCACACCAGAAGGACAAUACAUAUAUGUCCUCGAGCCGCGUGUAGAGGACCUAGUGAAGUUCCCAGGCCUGCCCCCUCGGCGCCAGCUGACCUAUCAAGCCAAACAAACCAUCAGCAGAGAGAUGGAGCAGGAGAAGAUGAGGAGAGCUGAGCAAAUGAUUCUGCGACGCAACCCAACAGUGAAGGAGGAGACAAAGCAGAGUGCUGGCCCAAAAUCGGCCAUGAACCAUAAACAAAGGCUGGACAACAUUGUCAGACAGACAACGGUGGAGAUCAGGCCAGAAGUGGAUUUCUUCGGUCGAACCAUUGCUCCCAAACCCCAGAGAACCCAUUCCAUUUCAGAUACAGGUGAAAAGUCUGUAGAGCUUGUGAUGGGAACGGCAGUGGGGAAUAGCGAUGUGUGGUUCCGGUUCAACGAGGGUGUGUCCAACGCUGUCAGGCGUAAUGUGUACAUCAGGGAACUGCUCUAAGCCCCAACCCACCACACACACACACACACACACACACACACAGACGGACGUCACGUCAUUCUUAAAUGGGAAAAAAAAUCAUAUUUUUCCCCUGUGUAAAUUAAUAUUCACCCUCAAGUCAUUCUUCAUUUGAUAAAUUCAAAACAGUCUUUAUUUUGAUUUACAGUGUAAACAGCCAAUAAAAACGUUUCAUAACAAUGCUUAGUGGUCCAUUACUAACAAAAACUUUUAGACAGCUCUUCUCAGUGCUGAAAACGCACACACGCAGCCAAGUAGUCUGUCACUCAUCAGCACAAAUUAAAUGCAUUCGUGGGACUUAAAAUAAAUAGACUGAAUUAUAAUGUGUGAGAGUGCAUCAUGAUUGUGUGGGUGCAAAUUUUUUUUUCGUUUUUGUGCAUCCAUCGUGUGUGUGUGUGUGUGUGUGUGUGUGUGUGUGUGUGUGUGUGUGA